CUGGCAAGCUUCCAUCUCCAGCGCGCACCCAACAGGCGCCCUCACAGGCUCCUCUGCGCAGCGGCCUCCCGUCGCUAAUUCAUCACCAAGGCAUAACUCAUCCAAGAGGCCCCUGAUAUACGCAAAAGAGCGCACGCGAAACACACAUUUUCGCGACCGACGCGACAUCAUCCAUGUCGCCCACCAUAUGGCUCAAGGGAGGGCUGCGGUCCAUCUCACGCAGCAUCAUAUUCCUUGCUAUUCUCAUUAGUAUACCGCUUGUGAUUGAGAUGGCAGGGCUCGAUGCUGGGCUAGCCUUCAGCUUGAGUCUAUGGCUCUACUACUUCUUCCUCUGCACCGUCUUGCUCCUGACGCGCAGUCGACUCUGGUGGAUUGGAACGAUGGCGAGCUCAUUGCAGUUGUUUGUCAUUCCGACACUGCUCAUCUAUCACCUGAAUGAGUUUGAGCCAGAGAAGGAAGUCUCUGCUUUUACAGCCAUGGCGAUACGGCCGUGGCGCUUCAUCCUGACACGCGCAACGCCAUUAUUCACACUCCUCGAGGGUUUCGCUAGCUUGUUGAUUGUUCAGGCUAUUGGACAAGUCACUCGAUUCGUCACCAAUUACCGCUCUGAUUCGUGGAUGUUUCUUGUUUUGAUUGGAUCAGGUGCGACAUUAUCGACAUCCCUCUACUUUCUCUACAGAAUCACGACCUUUCCAGUCAUCUCCUUCCUCAAUUCAACUAUGCUCGGUACCACCAUCACAGCAAGCUUGUUCAUCGCCACCUAUGCGACCUUGUCCGGUAAAGGUACCAUUGCAGAGAGUUGUGCAUUGUUUGCCUAUACCGUCUAUUCAGCCUACUCUGGCAUGACUGAUUUCGGUCAAACAGACAUAUCGCCACAAUUGGCUACACGACCCGAGUACCUGCCCUUUCCACCCCUCGUGAUGGAGAAUUAUGCAACCCUCGUUAAAUCUGCAGCAAAAUACGUCCCAGUGACGCUCUACCAGACCUAUACAUUUCUACUCGCUGCAUUCUAUGCCAUUACACCAUCUGUCUUGGUCCAAUUCGUGUAUCGCGUCACAUCGCUGUAUGCCGUUUCACGCAUCAUCCCUGCAGUUCGGGAUCAAGGUCGUGGUGUGAGUGAUACACCUGAUUUGGAUGAUGAAGAGCCCACUGCCAAUUUAAUGUCCAUUUUGACAUUAUAUUGGCCAUGCAGCUUGAUUGCCGUGUAUACACAUUUGUUAUUACAGCAUUUCGCGGAUGUGCGUGGUGCAGCGACGCCGUUUUGGGGCGGCUUGGAGAGUGCUGGUUUAUGGCGAUGGAUCAACACUGUCUUCUUUUUGGGAUGGUAUGCGAUUGAGUUGCAAGCGACACAACAAGAUAUUCUGACGAGUCAUUGGAAGGUCGAUUGAGUGUGCUUUCUUGUUGGAAGGAGGACUUUGGGGGGUAUUCACAGACAUGGCAACUGGCUUGCAAGGAGGUUGAAGAGUCGCUUUCCACCACGACGAUACGAAGCACCACAUGAGCGCAUUGGGACAGGUCACAGGACACUUGAAAUCUCACAUUCAUAGCGCUACGCUUACUACGGAUCAUUGGCUCGUACAUCACCCUUGAAAUAGCAAAUACUCUUAAUUAUCAUUGUUGACGGCAUUGAGGAGCCUGAGGAUAUUGAGGAAGAGGUUGAGGACAUCCAAGUACAACGAGACACUUGCAACAAUGUACUCAUCGACACUGUGAUGCUUGAGCAGCAAUUGCGUGUCGUAGAUUGUAUAGCCGCAAAAGAGGAGUGUGCCUAGGGAGGCAUAGACGAGCUCAAAGGUCUUGCCAUGGGGGGAAAACAUGCCCACUAGCCCAACCAAGAUGAGUGCCCACAGAGCCAUGUAGAGGAAUCCGC